AGACGUUAUUUUAAAUAAGAAAAAAAAAGUAAUCUAUGCAAAUUUUGGUUUCUAAGCUUAUUGUGGUGCACCGUUUAUGCCUCGAAGAUGCCUGUUGCCAUUCGCAUGGUGGAAGCCCUGGCUUUGGUUACACUAAUGGCCCUUAUUACCUUCGUCUCGCUUGGUGUUGUGAUUGCCCAGCGCACGGUUAGUCUGGCUGUAACAUUUAUAGAGCCAGCAGCGAAUAUAUUGGAUGGUGUGCUGAUCGUAACGGAGAGAAUGCUUGUGGGCACAUUGGUCGGGGUUUCGGCUUUGGUGAAUGCAGUAAGCAUUGCCUUGCAUACGGCGGGAAUUGCCUGAAUAGGCUCAUAAGCAAACUUUGUCUUUGGCUGCAUGUUGCUAACCUAAACGAAAAAGGAAAUAAUAUUAAAUUGCUGAAUGUAAAUAUUUAUAACGAAUUUUAAAUCAACCUCAAACUAAACCACAAUUAGUCCAUAAUAAAACUUU